UGGCGCCCAUUGGUUCCUUGAACUACCAAGGUCUCGUCUGAUUGGUCACCUUAUAACGCUCUAAAGUUUAGGUGGGGAGGGGGGCAGGACGUGGCAGUGGCUGUGGCAGUCUUUUCAUGAACAGCAAAUAGCGCUUCGACAAGACCAUUUUACGAACACAGCAUCAUAUUCAAAGGCAAGGUAAGGUAACAGACAAAUACACAAUGGAGGGCCCCAUCCCUGUAGUGGACUUCCUACCCUACAGCCUGGCAAACCACUGCGCGGAUGACGACCAACUGGCCGCCCUGGCUGGUCAGCUCAUCCAUGCCUUCAGCACCACCGGGUUUGUGUACCUUUGGCACCACGGCAUUCCCCCAGCGCAGAUUGAACGAGUCUUUCGAGUAUCAGAGAAGUUCUUCGCACUGCCCAAGGAUGCCAAACAAAAGUAUGCUCGACCAGCAGACAACAACCAUGGAUGGGUGACCCUGGAACGAGAGAGCCUCAACCCGUCUCGCCCAGGUGACUUGAAGGAGGCCUUCAACGUGACAUGGGUGGAAAAGCCACCAGCGUGGCCAAUGGCAGAGCUUCCAGAGUUUAGAGACGUUGUACUGAACUUCUACGACAAGUGCAGAAAGCUCAGCUUGCACAUUUUGGAGCUGGUUGCCAGGGGUCUGCAUGUGAAGGAUGUUAAGGGGUUUGUUAACUCCCACAAGUUCAUGGGUUCUGGGCCUAAUGCCACGGCACUGCGCCUACUCCACUACCCGCCGGUACCCGCAGAGACCAAGCCAGACCAGGUGCGCUGCGGUGAGCACUCCGACUAUGGUUCCAUCACGCUCCUCUUCCAGGACAAGGUCCCCGGGUUGGAGGUUCUCAACAGGGACGGGGUAUAUGUUCAGGCACCCAUCAUCGAGAACGCCGUGCUGGUCAACAUUGGAGACCUGAUGCAGAGGUGGACAUCGGAUCGUCUUGUGUCCACCAAACACCGCGUCCUGCUGCCCACUGACCGGCAACAGAUGCGACAGUCACUGGCGUUCUUUGUUCACCCCGACGAUGAUGUCAUGAUUUCUUGUCUAGACGGGUCCAAUAAGUACGAACCAAUCACAGCUAAGGGAUACCUUGAUCAGAGAUUUGAAGCUACCUAUUAGGCCUGGAGGUUUAUCAAACAAUGCAAAUUACAAUCAUGAGAUGGUAAUAAGGUAACCCACAAAAUCAGACAGCAGGGGGGCAUAAAGUUUAGGGAAGGCAGGUAUAAACUGAGUAUUACUAACCAAUGAAAUGGUAUUAUUAACAAGUAAAGUAGGUCUUUCAUCAGACUCCCUAUGUUAAGCCACUGAUGUUAAGCAGGUUACUCAAGACCAAAAACAGACAGUAUUGCUGUAUGAAAGACCUGCUAAGAGAUGGAUGGCCCAAGAUAGGAAGAACUGGAGGAAGUUCAUCGGUGUCUUAAGCACCAACAGGAGCAAAGAGUAAGAAUGUUUGGCAGCAUAUCGGUAAAUGGGGAAAAUUAAUUGGUUAUAUUUAAUUUGAUAUGUCUUAUACAUUAUGUAUUGCUGCAAUGGUAAUUGGGGUACAACUUCUAGAACCUUAUUUGUCAUCACCUUCACUUUAUUUUAAUCAUCAGUUCUAUAGUUUUUCACGUGUCAUUCUGUUUAUGAUUUACGUGCCAUACAUGUGUUUGUAUGUGUUUUAUGUUCUUUGAAAAUCAAUAAAAA